GAGACGAGAGAGCCAUCCAGGGGGCCACUCCAGGACGGACUGUGCUGUGAGUAACUCGCUGAGACAAUGGAGAUGAGAGAGACCCUAGAUGGAGGUGACCAACUGUUCCGCUUUGCCCAAGACUGAGAAUUCUUCUGGGACACAAAACUUUCAGUGCUAAAACCACGGAAGUCCCAGCAAGCUGGGACAGUUGGUCACUCUUGCUAGAGGCCUGAGAGUGCAGAGGAUGCAUCUUAUCAACUGUCUGCUCCUCCUGCUGGCUGGACUACUGGCCCUUUCUCAUGGCCAGCUGACCUUUGGGCAUGAUGGUGACAGUUGCACCAGUAGCCCCCAACAGCAGAUUCUGGAGGCAGAUGAGGGCUCCCCCAGCCUCAAGAUCACCCCUGCCAAUGCUGACUUUGCCUUCCGCUUCUACUACCUGAUCGCUUCAGAGACUCCAGGGAAGAACAUCUUCUUCUCCCCGCUGAGCAUCUCGGCUGCCUACGCCAUGCUUUCCCUGGGGGCCGGCUCGUACAGCCGCACCCAGAUCCUCGAAGGCCUGGGCUUCAACCUCACUGAGCUGUCUGAGUCCGACAUCCACAGGGGCUUCCAGCACCUCCUGCACACUCUCAACCUCCCCUGUCACAGGCUGGAAACACGCAUGGGCAGUGCUCUGUUCCUGAGCCAUAGCCUGAAGUUCCUUGAAAAAUUCCUAAAUGACACCAGGACCUUCUAUGAGGCCAAACUCUUCGACACCAACUUCUAUGACAGUCUGGGUACAAUGAAGCUUAUUAACUACCACGUCAAGAAGGAAACUCAAGGGAAAAUUGUGAAUUUGGUCGGUGAGCUCAACAGGGAUGUCAUGAUGGUGCUGGUGAAUUACAUUUACUUCAAAGGACGGUGGGAGAAACCAUUCAGUUCCUCCAGGACCAUUACCCGGAACUUCUAUGUUGAUGAGCAUACAACAGUCAGGGUGCCCAUGAUGCUGCAGGACCAGGAGUACCACUGGUACCUUCAUGACCAACACUUGCCCUGCUCGGUGCUACGGAUGGAUUACAAAGGAAACGCAACUGCAUUUUUUAUUCUUCCUAACCAAGGCAAAAUGAGGGAGAUCGAAGAGGUUUUGACUCCAGAGAUGCUAAUGAGGUGGAACAACUUGUUGCAAAAGAGGAUUUUUUACAAGAAGCUAAAGUUGUAUUUCCCCAAGUUCUCUAUUUCUGGCUGCUAUGUGUUAGAUCAGAUUUUGCCCAGGCUGGGCUUUACGGAUCUGUUCUCCCAGCGGGCUGACUUAUCUGGCAUCAGCAAACAGCGAAAACUGCAGCUACCCACGAGUUUCCACAAGGCCACCUUGCAAGUGGAUGAGGCCGGCACCAAGGCCGCAGCAGCCACCAGCUUCGGGUUCACAUUUUUGUCUGCCCAGAUCAAUGAGCAUGUCCUGCAGUUCAACCAGCCCUUCCUUGUGGUGCUCUUUUCCACCAACACCCAGAAUAUCCUCUUCCUGGGCAAGGUCGUCGACCCCACAAAACAGUAGCCAUCCCAGGGCUGCUCAUCUGUUCCAAGCAGGAGGAUGAGGCAGGCGAGGGCUGGGCAUGAGUAACUCUGUGUUUAAGCUGGGGAGAAGGAAGACGCUGAGGGUCCAGGACAGCAGGUGUUGGCUGCUGGGGAGCGGGGAGUGGCACUGAGAUGGGCACGGCCUGGACACUCUGCUCCCUGGAACUGUGCAGCCUCUGGCAGAGCAGCCAACCUCUUGGAGCAAGUUCCUGCCUCUAGACAGGGGGAGGGCCCUUUCCACAACAGGGCGGUUGUACCGAGCCAACAACAUGAUGCCGUGAAGACCCUGGAUCAGUGUCUCGCGUGUGGUGGACACUCAAUAAAUGCAUCCUCUGCCUGUCCCUCUGGGUUUUGCCCCAGACUCCCCUGGCAGACCUGGUCCCAGA